CGCAUGGUUCAUGCCACCCUCCGCCUCCACUCCCGACUUUGGCUGGGCCUCACCAAGUCUCAUGACUCUUCACUCAUCCGGUUCCAAGUUGCAGGGCGCAGAGUAGGAAAGGAUCGAUCCGCGCCAAGGUGCAGAAGUGGCAUCAGAGACAACCUGCCUGCCUGUCAACUGCCCAUAAGGCUGUGUGUGAGCCAAGGCGGUGCGGUCAGAGGUGAUGCAGGAGAUCAACCGGGUGCAGAACAGAGGCCUGCAAAGAUGAGUGGACUUCGACCCCCUUAGAGAGAAAGCAAGAGUGACUCACAGGAGGAAGAUGAAACCAAAGCUUCCAGGCUGUCCCUGGUAGGCUCAGACAGUCCAAAGGCAGCAGAGGGAAGGAGAGAAAAUCCUAGACGGAGAUCUGGCCAAGAGCUUCCCGAAGACCAUGCAAAUGAGGCACGCCCACAACUGCCUGGAAACGAGGCCGGGAGAAGUCAGAGCCCAGAGCACAUGCUGCAGGGCCGUGCUAGGCAAAGGAGCAGGAGGAGGUGGAGGAGGCGCUGAGGGAGCAGGACAUCUCCUGCCAGACCUGCCAGUGUCUGGUCUGAGGAUGGCGGAGAAGCAGGGCCGGGAGCCGGAGUGCCCUGUGUGCUGGAACCCCUUCAACAACACGUUCCACACCCCCAAAGUGCUGGACUGCUGCCACUCCUUCUGCGUGGAAUGCUUGGCCCACCUCAGCCUGGUGACUCCGGCCCGGCGCCGGCUGCUGUGCCCGCUCUGUCGCCAGCCCACUGUGCUGGCCUCCGGACAGCCUGUCACUGACUUGCCCACGGACACUGCCGUGCUCACCCUGCUCCGCCUGGAGCCCCACCACGUCAUCUUGGAAGGCCGCCAGCUCUGUCUCAAGGAUGAGCCCAAGGGCCGCUACUUUCUGCGCCAGCCCCGGGUCUACACGCUGGAACUCGGCCCCGGGCCUGGCAGCCAGACUGGGCACCCCCAGGACGUGGCCCCUACCACCAGCCCCAGCCCCAGCGCCGACUCUCUGAGGGGGUGUUUCCGCAACCCGCAGUUCCGGACCUUUGCCUACCUGCUGGCUGUCAUCCUCAGCGCCGCUCUGUUGCUCAUCUUCUCCAUCUUUUGGACCAAGCAGUUUUUUGGGGGCGUGGGGUGAGCAUCUGUUCCAGACAAAGAACCAAGCCUUUCUUGGUUGCUGCUGGGUAUGAGGACUGCAGAGCCUCAUAUGGGGUUGUCUUCCUUUGGUAGUAUUGUUCAUUUUUACAAUCCAGGGAUCAGCUAGGCUGUGCAUCUGCUUCUGGGAACGGAGAGAGUCCUACUGUAAUGAGAACCUCUGAAAGCUAACGGGAAAAGAUACAAAGAGAGCUCUGGGUGUGAACCACGGGUCAUGGAAGGGCCGAGAAGCAGAUCUGUGAUGACAGGGCUACGUAGCAUGUUGUACCAAAGGGCUGGGCGAUGGCAUCCAGGAACCUGACCCAGUCAGACAGCAAGCUGCAACUUUUACUGGAGCUGCUCUGAACUCAGUUCACAUUUUUUGGAGUUGCUCUUUCUAUUAUUUGUUGCUAAAAAAUUUGGAAAGUGAACUUCAGUUGUGAGCAAAUGUGUUUGUCUUCCCCUUUGUUUUCUCUUUGGAUGUUUUGCCAGCAGUCUCAGUAAAAAUGGCCUGCAUUCAUUCAUUCAUUCACUCACUCAUUCAACAACCGGUUGGCUGGUCCUCUGUCAGAACUAGGGGGAGAGAAGGGUAGGAUGAGCCAGGGGUGGCGGAGUCCUUACCAGCAAGGAGGGCACGUUCACUCGGCUGCUUCUUGUACAAGACGACCUCUUGUCAGUGCAUGGUUUAUGGAGUGUUAAGAGUAGAAAAGUUUAAAGGUGAAAGAAACCAGAGUCAGUGACCA